AUGGCUGGUUUUAGCACUGUCGACAUUUCCCAAGUUACGUCAACUUUUGGAAGAGAUUUCCCGUCCACUGGAUCGGGCGACUUCAACUCAGAAUUGCUUGUAAACAAGAAGGAGGAAGUUGAAUGGAGUGAUUGCCGCGAUUUGGUUGAAGUUCCGGGUGAUCCGGAAUGGAAAUUACGAUAUAUGGCUGAAGCCUUUCCACAAUACUGUUGGAAAUACGCCGAAGCACAGAUGAUUGCUCACUACCAUUACAACGUUGCUACAACUUCUAAUGUACCUGCAAUGCAGCCAGAUGCUACAUGUCCCAUUUUCUACGCACAUUUACCGAAUUCUUUUUCACCCUAUGAUUUUAGUAUCCAACCGAAGUCAUUAGAUCGAGCCCGUGAGCAGCUAUACCGGCAAAUUCAGGCUGUGUACAGUGCACAAAACGAAUUUAUGAUUCCAUGUGAUCAGGCAUGA